CUUACACAAACUGUAGCUGAAUAUAGAGAAAUUAAUCCAUCUUUUCAGCCCCAAAUCGCUUUUAAACCCUCAAGGUGUUAACAGCAGUUGUGGGGAAUAAACGGAAAUGAAUAAAUGGGGCAGGGAAGUUAUCUCCCCGUCUCUUGUGGAACAACGCUGUUCAGAGUUCCCAUGUCCCGUCUCCCUCCUUGGGCUGGCCGCUUGCUGGCCUCUCUGGAAGGAUGAGACAGCCGGUGUGCUGGGACGGGACCUCGCUCUGGGUUACCAGGAGGGUGCAGCAGCACUCGAUGGAAGUUCCCGAUUCCCCCUAAUGCAGGUGGCGGGGGAAAGUCGGGGAGCUGCGGGGGCUUGUCCCGGACGGGCUGACCCCGCUCUGCCGGGCCAUCGGCGUGCAGGCGCUCCCUACUGCAGCCCUGCCUGCGCUUCACCUGAACUUCACCCAACUUCCCGUGUACGUCCAGCCACGCCGCUCCUAACCGCGGGGUGCCCGUUCGGGUGAGGAGGAGAAGAAGAUACGCUGGGAAAGCGCUCCGCUCCCCGGCUCCAGCUCCUCGCGGGCACUCGCCCCCGAAGCUGCGCUCGCCAGCCGGUGGUGCCGCCGCACGGGGGGAGCACCCUCCGCAGUCCCCGCCACCCUCCCGCCCCGCCGUAGAUCCCCGUUAUCCGCUUGUUAGAUCUGCAGUGACGCAGGGCGAGGGGCGCUGACCCCCCCUACCCCAAAUCCCCCCACUCGGGGCCGCCCCGUCGCGGCUCCCCCCAGCUCCCAGCCGUCGGCGCUCCCGGCAGCGCCUCCCUCGGGAGCCGAACUCCGCGGGCCCUGUCUCUUUAACGGCGCGGCGUGUGGCGGUGCGCGGAGCGGAUCGCGUCCUGUCACCGGGUCGCGGAGGAGGAGUUUGUUAAUGUUCAGUUUGCUCGGUGGAUCGAUGUUUGCUGGCAUCGCCUCGCCCUGCCUGUGUAUGUGUGUGUGUGCGGGUGUGUGUGUGUGUGUGUGCGUGUGUGUGCCUGUGCAGUGUGUGUGUGCGUGUGAACAGCAGAUUUCCUCCCAUCCAAAGCCUCCCUGUCCUCUCCCAUAUCACUCACCGCCUGGCAUCUGACAGCACGGAACCUGCAGCGCUCCGCGCACACGCACACACACACACACACACACCCGGGCACCGCUCCGCCAUACAGCUCUGCGAGGAGGAGGAGAGGAGAGGAAAGGGAGGAAGCAGCCAGCCCCACAGUCUUUCCAGAGCUGCCUUUUUUAAUAUAUACAUAUCUAUUUUGUUAUUUAUUUAUUGCCAUCCUCUGGCACUGUGAGCGCCUUUCAUUUGCUCCUGAGCUUGGAUGUUUGAAUCAAAGCAAAGCAAGUGUUGCAACAGUUAAAAAAAAAAAAAAAAAAAAGAAAGAGAAAAGAAAAAAGCCAACAAAAAAAAAAAAAAAAAAAAGAAGAAAGCGAGAGAGAAAGAAAGAAACCUAGAUCUCUAAAAUAAAAUAAAAACCAAACAGGUUCCUAUCAGUGAAGUGGGAAGGAGGGGGGCAGGGGAGGCUUGAGGGGGUGCCGAGGGAAGCGGCUGAGGCAGAGGAACACGGCUCAGGAGCGUCUCAGGGCUCUCGGAUCUGGGGACAGAAGUGAGAUUGGAGAAAGUAGAGCGAUGCCAAGGAGGAAACAGCAAGCACCCAAACGGGCUGCAGGUUAUGUCCAAGAGGAAGAUUUAAAGGAAGAGGAAGAUAUAAAGGAGGAGGAAGAAGAUGAUGAUGACAACAAUUCAACUGCUCAGCUCCAGGGCAGCAAUGACACUGGCACGGAUGAGGAACAUGAAGCGGGUCCUGAGCAGAAAGGGAACUUCAGUUACCAGAAUUCCCCUGUCAGUCAUGUAUCUAACCAGGAUGCUGAAAACGAAUCACUACUAAGUGACGGUAGUGACCAUGUGGCAGAUAUUAAAAGUAUUUGCUCUAGAGAGCCACAGGACCCCAAAACCAGCAGCCAUCCCAAAACCCAGAAUGAAGCACACAAUUGCAUGGAUAAAAUGACAGCGGUCUAUGCCAACAUACUGUCGGACUCUUAUUGGACAGGCUUAGGGCUGGGUUUCAAAUUGUCUAACUCUGAAAAGAGGAGUUGUGACAACAGAAAUGGAGGGAACAAAGCUGAUUUUGAUUGGCACCAAGAUGCACUGUCCAAAAGCUUACAGCAGAAUUUACCUUCCAGACCUGUCUCAAAACCCAACCUGUUCAGCUCAGUCCAGCUCUACAGGCAGAGCAGCAAAAUGUGUGGAACUGUGUUCACGGGUGCCAGCCGGUUUCGGUGCCGGCAGUGCAGUGCUGCCUACGACACUCUGGUAGAACUGACAGUUCAUAUGAAUGAGACAGGUCACUACCAAGAUGACAACCAUAAAAAGGACAAGCACAGACCUACCAGCUAUUCAAAGCCCCGAAAAAGGGCUUUCCAGGACAUGGACAAGGAAGAUGCACAAAAAGUUCUGAAAUGUAUGUUCUGUGGUGACUCUUUCGAUUCCCUUCAAGACCUGAGUGUUCAUAUGAUAAAAACAAAACAUUACCAAAAAGUGCCUUUGAAGGAGCCGGUACCAACCAUUUCUUCAAAACUGGUCACUCCAGCAAAGAAACGUGUGUUUGAUGUUAACAGGCCUUGUUCCCCCGAUUCCACGACGGGGUCUUUCUCAGAUACUUUUUCUCCUCAGAAGAAUGCGAACCUGCAGUUAUCAUCUAACAACCGCUAUGGCUACCAGAAUGGUGCCAGCUAUACGUGGCAGUUCGAGGCCUGCAAAUCCCAGAUUUUGAAGUGUAUGGAAUGUGGAAGUUCCCAUGAUACCUUGCAGCAGCUCACAACCCACAUGAUGGUCACUGGACAUUUUUUGAAAGUCACAAGUUCAGCUUCAAAGAAAGGAAAGCAACUUGUUCUGGAUCCUUUAGCUGUGGAAAAAAUGCAAUCACUGUCUGAAACACCUGCCAGUGACAGCCCGGUUUCAAAAUCAACGAGUAAAUCAUCUGCAGAGUGCAUAGCUCCCACCUCUGAACUAAAAAAAGAAAGUAAAAAAGAUAAAGCUGAUGAUGCAAACAAAGAUGAGAAAGCAGUAAAAACUGAGGAGUAUGAAGACGCUCUACAGAAAUCACUGGAUCCGACAAUGAAAUACCAGUACCUCAGAGAAGAAGAUUUAGAAGAUGGUUCAAAGGGUGGUGGGGACAUUUUAAAGUCCUUGGAGAACACUGUCACAACAGCCAUCAAUAAAGCUCAAAAUGGAGCUCCUAGCUGGAGUGCAUAUCCCAGCAUCCAUGCAGCUUAUCAGCUCUCAGAAGGAGCUAAGCCAUCUUUGCCUGUGGGUUCCCAAGUACUGCAAAUCAGGCCAACUAUCACCAAUAAACUGAGGCCCAUAGCUCCGAAGUGGAAGGUCAUGCCUCUGGUCCCUAUCUCAGCAAAUGUGGCCCAGUGCACUCAAGUGAAGAAGGAAACUGAUGACAAGGAGGAGGUACAAAAGGACUAUGCUAAAGAGAGUAUCCAAGCUGAGCCUGCCUCAGUCAACCAGAGCGAGAGAGAACCUCUCCUCAAAUCUGAAGCCUCUGUGGAGCCAAAAAAGACAGAACCAUGUCCCUUGAAAGAAGAAGACAAAAUUAAAGAGGACAGUGGAAAAGAAAAAACACUCCUCAAGGAAACAACAGUAGCUUCCCUUAGUAAUGGUUGUGCUGCUGCCAACCAUUCGUCAGACCUGCCGUGUGUCAACCCCCUCAGUGCGCUGCAGUCAGUGCUGAAUAACCACUUGGGCAAAGCCACUGAGCCUUUACAGCCUCAAUCCAGCUGCAGCCCCAGCUCUAGCACAAUUUCUAUGUUCCACAAAAGUAAUCUAAAUAUGAUGGAGAAGCCAGUUUUAUCUCCAGCUCCAACACCACCAAAGCCUGCAAGUGUAUCCAGGCACUAUUUAUUUGAAAACAAUGAUCAGCCUAUUGACCUGACCAAAUCCAAAGGCAAGAAAGCUGAGUCACCUCAAGCACAAUCUUGUACUUCUCCACCUCAAAAACAUGCUCUGUCCGACAUCGCUGACAUGGUCAAAGUUCUUCCCAAAGCUACUACACCAAAACCUGCGGCAUCUUCUAGGAUCCCAUCUAUGAAAUUGGAAAUAGAUGUCCGACGCUUUGAGGAUGUCUCAACAGAAGUCUCCACUCUGCAUAAAAGGAAGGGCAGACAGUCAAACUGGAAUCCUCAACAUCUUCUCAUUUUGCAAGCUCAGUUUGCUUCCAGCCUCUUCCAGACAUCUGAAGGUAAAUAUUUAUUAUCAGACCUAGGCCCACAAGAGCGCAUGCAGAUUUCCAAAUUUACUGGACUGUCAAUGACCACCAUCAGCCACUGGUUGGCAAAUGUCAAGUAUCAACUUAGGAAAACCGGAGGAACAAAGUUCUUGAAAAACAUGGACAAAGGACAUCCAGUCUUUUAUUGCAGCGACUGUGCAUCUCAGUUUCGAACCCCAUCUACUUACAUUAGCCACUUAGAAUCUCACCUAGGUUUCCAAAUGAAAGACAUGAACAGGCUGGCUGUGGAGCAGCAAACCAAGGUAGAGCAAGAAAUCUCCAGAGUUUCAGUUCAAAGAUCUCCUGAAACAAUAGCUGGAGAAGAGGACACAGACUCUAAGUUCAAAUGUAAGUUGUGCUGUCGGACAUUUGCGAGCAAACAUGCAGUAAAACUUCAUCUAAGCAAAACACACAGCAAGUCACCAGAACACCAUUCACAAUUUGUAGCAGAAGUGGAUGAAGAAUAACUCUUAAGGACGAAUGCCUUAGUUCCAGCUCUCCAGCCCAGGCUUCCCGCACCCUGCACGGCACUCCAAUCCUGACAUUGAACUCACAGCAACCCGGACCGCGAAGACUGCCAAAAAAACUCCAGCUAUUCUUCUUCAUCCUCACUAACAAUUUGGUAAUGAAGUAUUGAUUUCCACUCCCCUGCUUAUGGACGAUAUUAGAUUUUCAUUGAUAAACUGCACUGGGGCUGUCUGGUCUCCACUGUCCCUUUUUGCUGUCACUAAAACAAAGUGCCACUGAAGUAAGAUAAUGACUGAGAACAUUGAUGUACUUAUUUCGUCAAUUUGUAACACUUGACAGGAAAAAAAAAUUCUUCAUAGUUUAAUGUCCAAGUGUGCUACACAAGAUGCAGUCACAUUGGAAGCUUUACUUUUCAUGGUAAUGUCCAUUUCCUAUUUAUAACCCCUUUGGGAUAGUUUGUCUAAAGGAAAUGUUUCUAUUCUGUGCAGCUAUUACUGUUGCACCUGGGUUGCCCAAUCCAGUCAUUGCACUAGGGAUCAAUACAUCACAGUAAGUACAAGAAUUAUUAAGUUAAAACAGAUUCUGAGCCAAAAAACCUCUGAACAAUGUUAAUCUUCUGUGCAAGUUGUUCAAAUAGUUAUGCUUAACCAUGUUGCUGCCAAAGAUUUGUUUGAAAUGGAUUAUUUUCAGUUUGUUUUAUUCCUCAGAUAUAUAUAUAUAUUUAAAUCUCCAUUAUGGUUUACGAUGAGACAUAUGCAAUGGAGUGAUUUUUAAAACAAAAGUACUAUUAUUAGAUUAUUGAACAUUAUAUAGAUAUAGGUAUAUCUAUAUAUAAAUAUCACUAUAUAAAUAUCUAUAUAUAGAUAUAAAAGAACAAAAGUAGAAUUCCUUUCUCAGUUAGAUGGGUGUAAAUCUGAAGCUCUCUGUUAGAGUCGGUGGAGUUACAUUGGACUUAUGCAACCAGAAAUGAGAUCAGAAUCUGGUCUUCAUGCUCUCCGGCCGACCUGGCACAGAUGGGCUGGGAAGCACAGCUGACUUCAAGUCAACCGAGACCUGGGGAGAAGGGGGCUACAAAGAUGGCAAUUUCAAAUCUGUGCUGGUAACUUUUUUCAUUAAAACUUUGAGGUCCCCGUUUUAAUUUGUGGAAUAUUCACGUUAAUAAUGAGUUCUAAUUAAGACAUCCAUUAAAAGCCCGUUAAAGUUAAUUUAACGUAAAAAUUCCAAUAGAACUGUAUUAGAUUUUCUCCAUUAAAUUAACGUUAUGGAUUUUUAACGGAUGUCUUAAUUAUACAUUAUUAUUAACGGGAAUACUGUAUUACACAGAUUAAAAUCGGGUCCCGAGUCAACUCACAAAAUCUUCCAGGAUAUGCUAAUGUCACGAGUCUCACAUUACCUAGUGCACUGCUUGGAAAAUCAGGCACAGCCCUUUUUGCUCUCGCUGAGCAUUUCCUUGCAGCUACAGCAAUCUCCAGUAGACAAACCCAUCUCUGUGUCGAACGAUGAACUUUCCUUAUCCUCAAAGGAAAAAUAAGUCUGCAUCAGGUUGCAAAUCACUACUCCAUUGCAAAUGAAAUAUUCAAAGUAUGCUAGGCACAAGUUAAGAAGAGGAUCAUUCUCAAAUAAGAGAGGGCUUUGGGGUGUCUUUUACUAUUGUUUUUGUUUAGAUGUUGAAGGAUAUAAUUGCAGUGCAGCAUUCACGAAAUCAGACUAAACAUGUUUACUGCAUUCCCUGUGGCUUGUGCAGAAGGACCUGUUUUGGCAUUGUUUGGGAAAUUUUGACAUGAUCCCUAAACUCAACAUGAAGGAGAAAAAAAAGGCCCUUCUUAUUUACCUCCUAGGGAAAGUGUUGCCCUUAUGCCACAUAUAAUAGCAAAUUGCUUUUUUUAUGGCAUGCAUAACCUAGAUGGGAAAAAAUAUGGCGCUUGAGGGAAGGAGGGAAAAAGUAAAUGAAGUUCCAGGAAUGUCAUUCUGAAGUAAUGAGGCAUGGACAGAAAAUAUACCCCUCACAUCAUCGGAUUGAGAUGGCAGUCGAAAUAGCUUCAUUGAAGUGUCAGCACUCAUCCAUCAAUCAAUCAUCCACAAGGAAAAAUAACGACAGUACAACGGGGCGGCUUUUAUGGGAUUUACUCAUGGGCAUAGGGAAUAGCAGCUCAAAUGUAGUUCUGACAUGAAAAGCAAGGUGCUGAUAUUAUUUUUUAUGAUGGGAGGAUCAUAAAGUGAAUUGAGAACA